UCAGCUUUUUAAAAAACUUCUUAACGAGCAUCAGUCAAAUACUGACACUAUGAGAAUUCCUGAACUGGAUGAAUCUGCUCUGGGACGAGUGGGACCUUCUCACUCCCGCAGGCGGACUAGUUUUGUUCUUCCUCCUUUAGAAAAACUUGACAUUAAAGCUUAACGCGACAUGCAAUGACCCAUUAAUUGGAGCAUGCUAGUUUUUCUCAGCGUGCCCCUGUAACUAAGCUGCCCGGUCUUGUGUGAUCUACGGAGCAGGUACUUGAGGAGACCUAUUGGCAGGUGCUCUGGUCCAAUCAGCUCCCUCUUUCCGCGCAACGUCAAGCCACAUGGAAGGUUUCGGGCGCUUUUCUUGGUGCGCAUUUGCGCGCAGAAACCCUCCGAGCGCGCACGGGCUCAGGACAAUUUGCAGCACUGUUGAGUUUUCUAGCAGCAUCUUAGAGCUCGUGUAGACAAACCCUUCACCCACCCUCCCCCUAACACCCCCACCACCUUUGGUCAUGAUGCUUCUCUGAGAGUGGGCUCCUUUUUUUUCUUUUCAGCAAGAGGAAGGAGGAAAAAUAAUAAAGGCUGAUCGCGUUCUUUUUGGUUUCCCUUUCUACCGAGAGAUGAUGUUUUCGUCUGCAGGCAAGCGCUGCUUCACGAUAGAGUCUCUGGUCGCUAAAGAGAACCCUCUAACAGCAGAGGAUCCCAUCCGCCCGACGGCUUUAAGUUACUCCAACCCGACUACAGAUGCCUUAAUGAACAGUUACCAGGCUCCACCACCGGCCAGGUCCCUCUACCAGAGCCCGGACCUGGUGUUCCCGGAGACGAUGAACCACCCCUCACUCACCGUGGCUCCUCACCAGCUCGGAGGAUCCCACCUACAGCAUCCGCACUUCUUUGGGACGCAACACCGAGACCCGCUCAACUUUUACCCCUGGGUGUUACGGAACAGAUUUUUUGGACACAGAUUUCAAGGUAACGACGUGUCCCAGGACAGCCUGCUCCUCCACGGCCCUUUCGCCAGAAAACCCAAACGCAUCCGGACGGCCUUCUCUCCCUCCCAGCUCCUCCGGCUGGAAAGAGCCUUCGAGAAGAACCACUAUGUGGUCGGAGCCGAGAGGAAACAACUGGCCAACAGCCUGAGUUUAUCUGAAACGCAGGUGAAGGUGUGGUUCCAGAACAGGAGGACCAAGUACAAGCGACAGAAGCUGGAAGAGGAGGGACCAGACAGCCAGCAGAAGAAGAAGGGGAACCACCACAUCAACAGAUGGCGUAUCGCCACCAAGCAGACCAGCUCCGAGGACAUAGACGUGACCUCAGAGGACUAAAUCUGCGGUCCAGCCUCUGACAAUGCUGCCCUAUCCCUGCGUCCGCUUGUGACGCAUCAGAGGACCAAUACUAUUUAUUAUGUAAUAUUAUUAAGUAUAAUUAGACACAUUAGAGGACGACUCAAGGACUUAAUAUGUGAUCACUGCUCAUCUCUUCAUCAAGGUGCUAUACUCUGUGACACUGGGAGGGGGGGGGGGGGGGCAUCUUAUUUAAUGAAAUCUCUUCUGAUUGUCUCUGGAUGCGGAGAGAUUCUGUCAUCAUUUGAUCAUUUUGGUUGUGUGACAGCCAAACAUGAAGAGACAUGACACCCUCUACCAUGGUGUUUUUGUUGUUUUUUUUAAAUUGUACAUAGACCAGUGAAGGUUAUGUGUUUCAUGAAAGCUGUUUUUUUGUGGGGGGGGGUUACCACUUGCUUAGGUCAUUAACACUUCAUCGCUCACCCUACUCCACCACCUGUGUACCACGUUAAUUUAAAUUUCUCCUCACUUACAAGAAGGAGAUGACGCACACUACGAAUCCACCCGGUGAGUCGGAGGACGCGCUCGGUGACAGACCGGAAGAACAAAAAAAACAACGUAAAGGAGCACGCAUCAAAAGAAGAUGAAAAGAUCCUGCAUGAUUUUAUUCCCACUUUCACGCCUUCGAAGCCGUCUCGGCGCUUUGUUACACCUCCUAAUGAAGAUUCUUCACAGUAAUGUGACUCUUGGCCAGCUGUGCAUGACUCCGGGACAGAUGAGAAGCUGCAGAGACCUCUGGUGUUCGGGUUAACUUGAGCUGCAUAGUACAAGUUCACAGCUUCGUGCUUCUUCUGCCAUGGCACAUUUGUGAUCGUGAAUGUGUGCAGAUUUCAUCCAGCGCUGUGUGUAGUGCAAAAACGUAAUAUGACCGGAACACGGUUGUGCGAGCGGAACGUGUAAUUACAGAAAGAUGUUUUAGAAAUAAAAGUAAAAAUUAUUUCUC